AUGCGGGGUCCGCGCAUCCAGCCUUGCUUUUACCACCCACACAAGAUGUCGACCAUCCGUGAUGUGGCCAAGACCUGGAGACACUACUGCUCCCGAGAGUGUUUCCUUAGAGGAUGGCACACCCUGCCACAGCAUUCCUGGAAUCCGAAGCCAGAGGAGAACGAAGCGGAGGAUCCAAUUGCGCAGUGGACAGAGGUGGGGAAUUCCCGCCAGUACAGCCCAACGCAGAACGACAUCGAGAGACCCCUUCGCUUGGACAUCAUUCCCCUCACCAAGAGCGGGAAGGAGGCGAAGGGGAAGAUGACGAUCACCACCGGAACGGUCAUUCCGACGCCAAAGGAAGCCCGGAUGCGCCAGAUGAUCAGCAACGGUGGAACCUUCAACGCGGAGUGGCUGCAAAAGCAGUUCAAGGUUUUUAAUUGGAACAUCCUGGCCGAUCUCUAUGCCACGGAGAAUGUCUACCCCUACUGCGAGAAGUGGGCCCUCAGCUGGAAUUGGCGCAAGCACCUCAUCAUCAAGGAAGUGAAGUCCAUGGGUGCAGAUAUUAUCACUCUUCAGGAGGUUCAGAAGGAUGCCUUCGACGAGUGGUUCAAGCCAGAGCUGGCUGCCGAUGGCUACGAUGGCCUCUUCCAGCAGAAGAAGCGAGAUCCGAUCUUCCAUCGUGGGAAGUACACAAGCGAAGGCUGCGCUACGUUCUGGAGAACCUCACGGUUCAAGAGAGUGGAAAAGCACAUCUUCGACUACGACAGACUUUCCCAACAGGAAGUUGCGCACCACGUGAGGGACCAGAAGCAGGAGGAGAAGGUGAACCAACGGCUCUCCAAAGGCAAUAUCGCCUUGGCUGUCAUCGUGGAGGACAGGCAUAUGAAGAACAGACAUGGUGCCGGCCAUCAGCUUUGCGUCGUCAACACCCACAUUCUUUGUGACCCGGCCGCGGCGGACGUGAAGCUUUGGCAGUCCCAUUUGCUGAUCAAGGCUUACCAGCUUUUUCCCGAUGGCGCAGUGCAUAGGGCUAUCAGACCUGUGCAGCUAGAACGAUUGGUAGUGUUCAUCCGUGAGUUUCUCUACUUUAUACUUCGUAUAAACACAAUCUAA